CUUCCUUUAUAAACUCCCAUUUUUAGGGCUGCGAAAAAAAACCUAGCACCACACAGAGACAGAAGAAUACCCAAGAGAUCCUCUCUGUACUGUGAACGGCAUCGUAGUAGCUGAAGAGCCAUGGUGCACGUUUCCUUUUACCGCAACUAUGGAAAGACUUUUAAGAAGCCGCGUCGUCCAUACGAGAAGGAGCGUUUGGAUGCGGAGCUGAAGUUGGUGGGAGAGUAUGGUCUGCGUUGCAAGAGAGAGCUGUGGAGGGUUCAAUCAGCUUUGAGUCGUAUCCGUAAGGCCGCUAGAAUGCUUUUGACUCUUGAUGAGAAGAACCCACGCCGAAUCUUUGAGGGUGAGGCUCUUCUUAGAAGGAUGAACCGUUAUGGUUUGCUAGACGAGAGCCAGAACAAGCUUGAUUAUGUGUUGGCUUUGACUGUGGAAAACUUCCUUGAGCGUCGUCUGCAGACACUUGUGUUCAAAUCUGGUAUGGCUAAGUCCAUUCAUCAUGCUCGUGUUCUUAUCAGACAGAAGCACAUCAGGGUUGGAAGGCAGGUGGUUAACGUACCAUCUUUUAUGGUGAGGGUUGAUUCACAGAAGCACAUCGACUUCUCAUUGACAAGUCCAUUCGGAGGUGGUGGUCCUGGAAGAGUGAAGAGAAGGAACCAGAGGGCAGCUAGCAAGAAGGCGUCUGGUGGCGAUGGAGAUGAAGAAGAUGAAGAGUAAGCUAUAAAUUUAAAAAAGACAUUUCUAGUAGAACACUUGCUGUCAUCUCAGCUAGUUUUGUUGUCACUAGGUUUCUUAAAAGAUAUUACUGCAGGGAUGUUUUGUUUUCAUUUGUGUUUGUUUUAUGAAUGCAUUUGUGUACCUAUAACUUUUUGCUGAGGAUUUAUUUUUGCUUCAAAGGGCAACACAACUUUCUACUA